GAGAAGGGGGGGUCGGGCAAUGAAGCUCCCACAUGCCCGCAGCUCCCUGGAUCAGCCCGCAAGCUAAACAGCUACACCCCCCGGGCUCAGUCCUUUGCUCCGCCCGGAGCUUCAGCACCUCGGCCGCUGCUUGGUCUGCGCUCCGACGCUUUGCACCGGGGAAGGAGUUUGCGUGGUCCUCUCUCCCAUUCUCUGGGCAGGUUACAGGCGGGAGAGAGAAACCUUCGCUGGGAAAGAACAACAGGAGGAGGUGGUGGCUCUGGGGGAGAAGAAACCCUCCCUGCCCCCCUAGGCUCUCCCUACCUAUUUCAUCUCUUUCACUCCAAACCGAAAAGAGGAGGACGAGGAAGAAGAAGAAAAAGAAAAGAGAAAAGGGGGGUGGAGUACGUGGAGGGGGGGGAACUGGCUCUAAAGAUCAGCUGGGGGGAUGGUGGAAGAUUUUUGGUCUCUUCAGCACCGUCUUCUCCUGAGCAGCAGCAGCAGCAGCGGCAGCGGCGGCAAGAGGAGGAGGAGAAGCAGCAGCAGCAGCGGCGGCAGCGGCAGCAGCAGCUCGUGCAAUGACUGCCGCAUAUUAAUAGCUGACGGUUUGGUGUGGGCGCUGCUGCUGGAGACAUAACCUUACUCUGAAGUUGGGCAACUGACUAGGAAAUACCUUUUUUUUCUUUGCUCCUUUCCCCCCUCCCUCUUGGUGUGUAUAUCAGUAAGGAAACAAAAAGGAAGAAAAGCCUUUCCCCCCCUCCUCUCCCUUCCCCCUUGGUGGAGGUGGCUAUGUAGCAGAACAAGAGAGGGGGAAGGAGACACUUUUUUUUUCUUAUCCUUGCCUGGGUUCUCCACCCUUCUGCUACCCGCUCUCGAGCUUCGAUUAUUAUUUUUAUUUUAGGGGGAGGAGGUUGUCUUUACUGUGGCAGGUCCAUCUUUCCCCCCUGGGUUCCAUGGCUGGAUUGUGGGAGCAGCUCCUGGCUACAGGCUGUUGAGCAACUGAUGGGACUAUCUCAGGAACCGGAGGUUACAAAAGAAAUGUUGAUUGCUGUGAUCUGCAAAAAAAAAUAUGGAUUUUUAGCAACUGAAGAGCAAGUCAAGGUCUUGGACUCUGGAUAUUUGUGUUUUUAUUUUUAAAAAACAAUUUUUGAGGGAGUUUUUUUUCUUUUUUUCUUUUGCUUUUUUUAUUCUCCUCCCUUAAAGUAGAGCCAUCUACUUCUUGGAGUAAAGAAGAGGGAACAGAAGGACACUUAUUUCAUUUCACUUUUGAAGCACUUAUUGCUGAGCAACCUUCAAGUUACAGUACACAGCCAUGUGGUCAUCACAGCUGCUAUUCUUCAUGAUGCUCUUUGCACCAAUUGUUCAUGCUUUCAGUCGUGCCCCAAUUCCAAUGGCUGUGGUCCGAAGGGAACUAUCCUGUGAAAGCUACCCAAUAGAACUUCGAUGUCCUGGAACAGAUGUUAUCAUGAUUGAAAGUGCCAACUAUGGUAGGACUGAUGAUAAAAUCUGUGACUCUGAUCCUGCUCAGAUGGAGAAUAUCCGGUGUUAUCUACCAGAUGCCUAUAAGAUUAUGUCUCAAAGAUGCAAUAACCGAACACAGUGUGCUGUGGUAGCAGGUCCUGAUGUGUUUCCAGACCCAUGUCCAGGAACCUACAAAUAUCUUGAAGUGCAGUAUGAAUGUGUCCCUUACAAAGUGGAACAAAAAGUUUUUCUUUGUCCUGGACUGCUCAAAGGCGUAUACCAGAGCGAGCAUUUGUUUGAGUCUGACCACCAGUCUGGGGCAUGGUGCAAGGACCCCCUUCAGGCUUCAGACAAGAUUUAUUAUAUGCCCUGGACUCCUUACAGAACGGACACCCUCACAGAGUACUCAUCCAAGGAUGAUUUUAUUGCUGGAAGGCCAACAACAACUUACAAGCUCCCUCACCGAGUAGAUGGCACAGGAUUUGUAGUCUAUGAUGGAGCUUUGUUCUUCAACAAGGAACGCACAAGAAACAUAGUUAAGUUUGACUUGCGGACUAGGAUAAAGAGUGGGGAGGCCAUCAUAGCUAAUGCCAAUUACCAUGACACAUCCCCUUACCGGUGGGGAGGCAAGUCUGACAUAGACCUGGCAGUAGAUGAGAAUGGGCUAUGGGUCAUCUAUGCAACAGAACAGAACAAUGGUAAAAUUGUCAUUAGCCAAUUGAACCCUUAUACAUUAAGGAUUGAAGGGACAUGGGAUACAGCCUAUGAUAAAAGGUCAGCUUCCAACGCAUUUAUGAUUUGUGGGAUUUUGUAUGUGGUGAAAUCUGUAUAUGAAGAUGAUGACAAUGAAGCUACAGGGAAUAAGAUAGACUACAUUUACAACACUGACCAAAGUAAAGAUAGUUUGGUGGACGUCCCAUUUCCGAACUCAUACCAGUACAUAGCUGCUGUGGAUUAUAACCCUCGGGACAAUCUGCUUUAUGUGUGGAACAAUUAUCAUGUUGUGAAGUAUUCUUUGGAUUUUGGACCUCUGGACAGCAGAUCAGGGCAGGCACAUCAUGGGCAAGUUUCAUACAUUUCUCCACCAAUUCACCUGGACUCUGAACUGGAAAGACCACCUUCUAAAGAAAUCUCCACCACAGGACCAAUUGGCCUGGGAAGCACUACCACCACCACCAGUACAACCUUGAGAAUCACCACAGGAAGUCCAGGGAGGAGUACCACCACAUCAGUGCCAGGGAGAAAGAACAGAAGCACCAGUACGCCAUCCCCAGCAGCAGCAGUACCAGAUGAAAUCACCACCCACCUUCCACCUGCUUCUUCUCAACUCCCAGCUCUGGAAGAGAGCUGUGAUGCUGUGGAAGCCCGGGAAAUCAUGUGGUUUAAGACCCGUCAAGGACAGAUGGCAAAGCAGCCAUGCCCUGCGGGGACAGUAGGUGUGUCUACAUUCCUCUGUUUGGCCCCUAAUGGAACUUGGGAUCCUCAAGGACCAGAUCUCAGCAACUGUUCUUCUCCUUGGGUCAAUCACAUAACACAGAAGCUGAAGUCUGGUGAGACAGCUGCUAACAUUGCCAGGGAGCUUGCUGAGCAGACCAGAAAUCAGUUGAAUGCUGGGGAUAUCACCUACUCGGUCCGUGCAAUGGAUCAACUGGUAGGCUUGCUGGAUGUUCAGCUCCGAAACCUGACUCCUGGUGGAAAAGACAGUGCUGCACGUAGUUUAAACAAGCUUCAGAAAAGAGAGCGCUCUUGCAGAGCCUAUGUCCAGGCAAUGGUUGAGACAGUUAACAACCUGCUCCAGCCACAGGCUUUGAAUGCAUGGCGAGACCUCACGACAAGCGAUCAGCUCCGUGCAGCUACCAUGUUACUUGACACUGUGGAGGAAAGUGCUUUUGUGCUGGCCGAUAACCUUUUGAAGACAGACAUAGUCAGGGAAAACACAAACAAUAUCCAAUUAGAAGUUGCAAGGCUGAGUACAGAAGGGAAUUUAGAAGAUCUAAAAUUUCCAGAAAACAUGGGACAUGGAAGUACUAUUCAGCUAUCUGCAAAUACCCUGAAACAAAAUGGCCGAAAUGGAGAGAUCAGAGUGGCUUUUGUCCUGUAUAACAACUUGGGUCCUUAUUUGUCCACGGAGAAUGCCAGUAUGAAGUUGGGAACAGAGGCCAUGUCCACCAAUCAUUCUGUCAUCGUCAAUUCCCCUGUUAUUACAGCAGCAAUAAACAAAGAGUUUAGUAAUAAAGUUUAUUUGGCUGAUCCAGUAGUGUUUACUGUUAAGCAUAUCAAGCAAUCUGAGGAAAAUUUCAACCCUAACUGUUCAUUCUGGAGCUACUCCAAACGUACAAUGACAGGCUAUUGGUCAACACAGGGCUGUCGCCUCCUUACAACUAAUAAGACACACACUACGUGCUCUUGUAAUCACCUAACCAACUUUGCUGUAUUGAUGGCACAUGUGGAAGUUAAGCAUAGUGAUGCAGUCCAUGACCUUCUUCUGGAUGUGAUUACAUGGGUUGGAAUUCUCCUGUCCCUUGUUUGCCUCCUGAUCUGCAUCUUCACCUUCUGUUUUUUCCGUGGCCUUCAGAGUGACCGUAACACCAUCCAUAAAAAUCUCUGCAUCAGCCUCUUUGUAGCUGAACUUCUCUUUUUGAUUGGAAUCAAUCGAACUGACCAACCAAUCGCCUGUGCAGUUUUUGCCGCUCUCUUACAUUUCUUCUUCUUGGCUGCCUUCACUUGGAUGUUCCUGGAAGGAGUGCAGCUUUAUAUCAUGUUGGUGGAGGUUUUCGAGAGUGAACAUUCACGCAGAAAAUACUUCUAUUUGGUUGGCUAUGGGAUGCCUGCUCUCAUCGUUGCUGUGUCAGCAGCUGUAGACUACAGGAGUUACGGGACAGAUAAAGUAUGUUGGCUUCGGCUUGACACCUACUUCAUUUGGAGCUUUAUAGGACCAGCAACCUUGAUAAUUAUGCUUAAUGUAAUCUUCCUUGGGAUUGCUUUAUAUAAGAUGUUUCAUCAUACUGCCAUAUUGAAACCUGAGUCUGGCUGUCUUGAUAACAUCAACUAUGAGGAUAACAGACCCUUCAUCAAGUCAUGGGUUAUAGGUGCAAUAGCCCUUCUCUGCCUAUUAGGACUGACCUGGGCCUUUGGACUUAUGUAUAUUAAUGAAAGCACAGUCAUCAUGGCGUAUCUCUUCACCAUUUUCAAUUCUCUACAGGGAAUGUUUAUAUUCAUUUUCCAUUGCGUUCUUCAGAAAAAGGUACGUAAAGAAUAUGGGAAAUGUCUCCGCACACAUUGCUGUAGUGGCAAAAGUACAGAGAGUUCCAUUGGCUCAGGGAAAACAUCUGGUUCUCGAACUCCUGGACGUUAUUCCACAGGCUCACAGAGCCGGAUUCGAAGGAUGUGGAAUGACACGGUUCGAAAGCAGUCUGAGUCUUCCUUUAUUACUGGAGAUAUAAACAGUUCAGCGUCACUCAACAGAGGAGCCAUGGCUAAUCAUCUUAUAACCAAUGCUCUGCUUCGUCCUCAUGGCACUAACAAUCCCUAUAAUACAUUGCUUGGGGAACCGGCCGUCUGUAACAACCCUUCUGUGAGCAUGUACAACACACAAGAGCCCUACAGAGAGACAAAGGGGCUUCUGAACAAUGCCAGGGAUACAAGUGUCAUGGAUACUCUACCACUGAAUGGUAACCACGGCAAUAGCUACAGCAUUGCCAGCGGCGAGUACUUGAGCAACUGUGUGCAAAUCAUUGAUCGUGGCUACAAUCAUAAUGAGACAGCUCUAGAGAAAAAAAUUCUGAAGGAACUCACUUCCAACUAUAUCCCUUCUUAUCUCAACAACCAUGAGCGCUCUAGUGAGCAGAAUAGGAACCUGAUGAACAAAUUGGUGAAUAACCUCGGCAGUGGGAGUGAAGAUGACGCCAUUGUCCUUGAUGAUGCCACUUCCUUUAACCAUGAGGAGAGUCUGGGCCUGGAACUCAUUCAUGAAGAGUCUGAUGCCCCUUUGCUGCCCCCAAGAGUUUAUUCCACAGAGAACCACCAGCCACAUCAUUAUAGUAGAAGGCGGAUCCCACAAGACAACAGUGAGAGCUUUUUCCCCUUGCUAACCAACGAGCACACAGAAGACCUCCAGUCACCCAACAGGGAUUCUCUAUAUACCAGUAUGCCCGCACUGGCUGGUAUGCCAGGCACAGAGAGCGUUACCACCAGCACCCAGACCGAUCCCCCGCCAGCCAAAAGUGGUGAUGCUGAUGAUGUUUACUACAAAAGUAUGCCAAAUCUAGGCUCCAGAAACCACGUGCAUCAGCUGCACACUUACUACCAACUAGGGCGAGGCAGCAGUGAUGGAUUUAUAGUUCCUCCAAACAAAGAUGGGUCCUCCCCAGAAGGGAGUUCCAAAGGACCUGCUCACUUGGUCACUAGUCUAUAGAAGAGUAAGAAAAAAUUUAAGCCAACAAAACCCCUAACACCUGGUUUACUGUUCCAAGUUAAUAUAAGCAGUGGUAAUAUGUGUGUACUCCUAAAUCUUUAUGCUGUUCUAAAGGGAAAAAAAGGACAAAAAUCAAAAACAAGAAACAAAAACUUUCAGACUUUUUUUUUUACUGGAAUUUUUAGGCCAGCCCAGGGGAGAAUGAUAACUGCUGAAAUUCCCCUCUCCCCUCUCUGUCUUGUCCUCCCCACCCCCCCCCAGACAGAGACUUCAUUAUGUUAAUGAACGGUAUAUGAAGAAAAUGGCACUCUCUGUGGCCUUCUUGAAUUAAUGCUGUGUUUGUUUAAACAUCUUUGAUGCUCUGUUACUAUUCUGAUAUGGACCUGAUUUUUAAAAGGCCAGAACAUGCAUCCGAACUUAGUAACAGUGACGCAUCUAGAUUGGAGUGCUGCACAAACAAACAUAACAACAAAGCAAAACUGUUUAUUAUUGAUCUGUAUCACCUAAUGGUUUUUGGUCACUCACAACUUGAUUUUACCACAGCGGACUUUGCUGUGGGGUAAAACAAAAUAAAAUUCUAAUGAAAUGGAAGGGAAUUCUAGAAUUAUAUGCUAAAUGCAUAUUUUAUGUUUUGCUGUAUUAACUGAUGAUAAAACUAAUGGCAGAAAAACUGAACAAUUUCUAUGUAAUGUACAGAUACUAGCAUUGCACAUAUAGUCUGCUUUCCGUUCCUCCAGAACUUGCGUCCCUGUUAAUGUAGUGGAAAACAAAAAAACAAAAAAACAAAAAACAAAAAAAAGAACUUUCUGUUGUGCUGGUCUUGCAAGUUUGUCUACCAGUAGGAGCAAGAUUUUCAUUAGUUUUUUUGGGGGCCAUUUUUUUUUCUUAAUAUUUCACUGGGCAAAAUAAAUAAUAAAUAAGAACUAUCACUUUAUAAGGAUCAUUUUCUAGUAAUGCAAACACAAAUUAUUUUUUACAAAAAAAAAAAAUUGGAUCUUCGUCCCUCACUCUGUAUCUUUAUUCAGUGGCUAUAUUGCAAACAGGACUUUUGCAGAUUAGGGCAGGACAAAUUUUAUGUUUACAAUGCACAGCUGAUAUAAUUCAAAGCCAAUUGGGCAAGAAGUCCCUUACCAAGGCAGUAGGAAUGGAUCAAGAAAUUGAGAGGUAUCUAAAAAUUGUGGGGGGCUUUUUGCAUGUAAAAUGAUAAUCCUCUAGGAGUGAGGGCACUCCUGGUUCAUUCUUGGCUCCUAGAUGAGGAACUUGUAUUGCUGUUGGUUAAACGAAAUUGAUUUGCCCAUAAUACAAAUUGAAAAAUCCAAUUAUUUUAAUGUGACUAAAAAAAAAAAAAACCUCUUUACUUUCCCAAAGAGGGAAAGAGUUAUUUAUUUGACAGGAUUUUAAGUAAUGUAGGAUUUCAGGAGGUAAAUUAGCAGCACAGAUUAUACUUUUUUUUUAAUUUAUGAUCCAUUUUGUAUGGUCUCAAAGUUGAAUGACCUCAUUACUAAUAUUUGUUGUAAAAGUGAAACUUGUUUGCCAACCAAUAAACAACUGAUUAAGAUUUAGAA